AGUACAGGGGAAAACACAAAUAGUAUCCAUUCGUAUACCGACGUUGCCACUUAAUGUAGUUCGCGGGAACUCUUUGGCAAAUUUCACGAACGAGUUACGUAUAUAUGUUUAGUUGCAACAAUGAAUUAUAAAAAGUAUUGUACCAAGUUUCGUCCGUGUACACUGAUCUCCUUGUCUAUCAUAUUAAUACUGAAUAUAAUUUCUAUAAAUGGUGAUAGCGUGGCAAGUCACCAAGGAGUUUUGGAUGAUUUGCCAAGAGCAUCGGAUUUAAACCGUUAUCUUAUUAUAUUGGAGAGAGCAGUAGACUUUUGUUUAGAAAAUAAACAUGGUGUGGACAUGAGUUUAGAUUUCGGCUUAUUUUUAGUUGGAGUGACACUAAACCAAGUUUUGACGGAAAAAAGACAGAAACUACCACCUGAUGUGGUAUUUCGUUUAGAACAAUUGCUCCUUAAAUAUGGCGAAAUUAAGGACUACUUCAACGUACAUGUUAAAAAAGGGCUGCUAAGUGAAUACGGUCACUCAUCACGAAUAACAGACCUGGUUUACAAUAUAAGUUCAUGGCAGUUACCUUUGGAAUACUUUGAUUUGGAACUUCUGAAACGUACGAAGAUAUUAGAUGACGAUGAAUUGAAUGAUUUAUAUGGACCAUGGGAUGCUUAUAUAAGAACUGUGACAAACUAUAUGGAUUUCAAGCCCUCACUCGAGGAUUCUGACACAUGCAUUGCACAUUUGGCGCAUCUCCCCCUAUACCCACCGGCUUGGAAACCUCAAGCUAAAUGUAGAAUCCCGAUAUUGUGCCGACAUUACCUGCUCGAUGGAAAUAACUACGGAUAUGGAUUAGCACACAGGCUGUUACUUUUGCUUAUGGCAAAGCAUUCUCGAAACUGUGCCGUUUUUGGCGAAGAAGUAGACGAAGACAAAAUGGACAGAUUCUGCUCCACAAUAUAUCAUGAAUGCCAGUUUAAUGCACUCAACGACUUUGGUAUGCCCGACUUAGCUUUCGAAUUUGUUGCACUCUGUGGGUUGCUAGGCAACGCCCAGUUUUUAACCAAUUCUUGGAUGGAAUCCCUUAUGAAGUAUCAAACCAGAGACGGGUACUUCAAUGGAGAUAUAGUUGGAACGGUAUAUGACAACAUAAGUAAGAACAUUACUAAUCAAAAUGCUCUGAAUAAGCACACAACGGGAACCGCCGUGGCGUCAUUUGCAAACGUUAUCAGAUAUAUACUAGAAACCCAUUACUAAUUAAUCCUAAAUUCAGUACCUACCUAUUAAAUAAUUUAUUUAAAAAAACCGGUCCUAAUUUUCCUAAGUUCCAUUUCCUAAAGAAAAAGUUAACAGUAUUUACAUGCAUUUAAUUUUAUAUGGGUAUAUAAAAUGUAAAUGAAAUUUCUAUAAAAAUAAAUAUAUUUAUGCCUUAAAAUAA